ACGUGAACUGUCUUUAUGCCGAGUUGUUGCUGUUGAACGAUGCCUGCUGCGUCUACAAAACCCGAUAAAGCCUCAUAUGAGGCGAAUGAACCAAUCAAACAAGUUAUCCAGGUUGUGGAAAAGAAAGUCCGCAAUUUGGAAAAGCGAAAGGUGAAGCUGGAUGGCUAUAAAGCCAAAGCAGAUUCUGGAACAAAGUUGGAGAAAGACCAACAGGCGGCUGUUGACAAGUAUGACGAGGUCAUGCAGACACUAGAAUUCGCUAGAGAUCUGCAGAAACAGUUCUUAAGCAUUAGUGCUGAUGCAGAGAAGAUGAUGAAGAAGCAACUGAAGAGAGAAAAGAUAGAGCGACAGAAUAUGGUUCUGAAACGCAUGCAGGAGAUGCUGAAGGUUCAGAACCUGCUGGAUAGUAUGGGGUCUGAUAAAGUCCGAAGUGACUUUCAGACCGGCAAACAUGGUGCAGUGGUUCUGACGGAAGAAAAUCUAACACACCUAGAUGAGUUAUAUAAACUUAUCAGUCCAUCACGUGAUAGCGAGAACUACGCAGAACAACUCAACCAGGCUUCAGAGCACCUUCUAUGUCUGCUGGAUGCUAAGGAGAAGGAAGUCGUCGGAACAAACUACAAGGAUCUUAAUGAACUGCUUGAUCUCAUCAACAACUGUGGCUACUUUGAGAAAGCCGCUGCUGAAGAGGAAGAGGCAACAGAGGAUGCUACUGGUGAUCAGGAAUUUAUUGUGGUCAAUUCCAGUGAAGUCCCUCAAGCAGAUUCUGUAGAAGUUCAGGCAUCACUUCCACCACAGGUCAUUGAUGAACAACAGAUUGAACAAACCAACGAGGCUAGUCAAAGUAGUGUGCAACAGCAGGCCGAAUAUGCCACCAUGGCUGAGGCAGACUCAUUCUUUUCUAAGGCAACAGCAACAAAUCCGGCAGAAGUAUCCACAGUGACAGCAACCCAGCAACAGCAGCAGGACCAGACACAAGACAAUGCUUACAAUCCACGACCAUUCCAAGAUAUAGUAUCCAAAGUUCAAGGUAACUUCAACUUCCUACAGGAAUCCACACUUGACAUGGAGUCACCACACAUGGACCCUGCAGUGGUGGCAGCCCAUCCAAUGCCUCCUGCCCCACUUGGACAUCAAACUGAAAGUUUAUCAUCACAGACAUUCUCCAAUCAAGGGUUUGGAGACCUUGCCCAACAGGCACCACAUGAUCUCACCUCAUCAAAUAAAGAAUCCACACAAUCCUUGCUUUCAAAGCAACAGUCGUCCCUUGGGGGCACAAAUGACUUUCCCUCUCAAACAUUUGGACAGAGUUUACAAAGUGAUGCCCUUUUUCCUUCCUCUGCUGUGAAAGAUUCCUCCUCCCAACUUGCACAAAGUGUGAUGGGAAAAUCAAAUGACAAUUCAAUAUCUAAAUAUGAAAUUCCACCAAGCAUCCCAUUGCCUCCUGGAUUACAGUCAAAUGCACAGGAAUCGUCAACCGACACCCAAGCAGAAAAGAAAUUUACGAUGAAUCCAAAUGCAGAGAUGUUCCAAUCCCAAUUGUACAGUGCAUCAUCCACACCAGCUCAGGAGGAAUUUGGUCAACAACAGGGAGACUUUGGAAGGCAAAACUAUCAGGGAAACAAUUACAAUUCAAGUUACCGUGGCAACAGAGGCAGCAGUGGCAGUGGAUUCAGAGUAAAGAACAAUCGAGGAGGUGGUGAACGUGGUGGAAAUAUGGCCAACGGAUUUGGUGGAGGUCGCGGUGCAAGGGGAGGCAACUCCUACAGUGGCAAUAGAGGCGGUGGUCAGAGUGGGGCUUUCCAGGGCUUCCCUCCACGCUCCAAUGACUACAACAAUAGGUCAGAUGGAUAUCAAAAUUACAACGGCAACUUUGGAGGCAAUAACAACAGUGGUGGAUUCCAAAAGCGUGGGGGUGGAGGCCAAGCAAGGGGAAACAAUAGAGGAGGAGCUCCAAGGGGUGGUGCACCAAGAGGUUCGGCUCGUGGGAACUCCAGAGGAGGACAAGGUGGAGGAUUUGGGCGUCCCCCACAGCAGCAGACUGCCUGAGGUCACAUGACCAUCACGUGAUAAUAACAGACUGGAUGUAGUAGUGGAGUUUUCCUCAGCUCAUGUCUGUUCAAUAUGAAUUCUAAGUUGUGGAUGAAAACCAAUCAAAUCAAGAAUUUUGUCACAGUGCAUGAUUGCUUUUUCUUUUCCUGUCUUUUUUUAUUUAAUUUUUUAUGUUAUUUGUCCGGCGAAUUUCCUUAUUUUAGUGAAUCGUGCAUUAUGAAAAAGAACUACAACCAUUUAUCCACACCUUCUUAUUCAGCAUUGGAUAGUGGGUACUAUGUUGCUAUGGUAACAGUUGUGAGUAUUGUAGAUGUGGUAUGGCAACUUCAACAGCAAUCAACACGAACAUUUUCCUUUCAUGUACUCAUUAUGGAAAUCGAGACAAGAACCACAACAAUCAAAAGGCAUAAUGAUGACAGUGAACAUGUGUGUCCUUGAGCUAGUCCUCGAGAGCUCACAGGUGUAUGGCAUUAAUACAUUAGUUUCGUGGAGGCCAAAUAUUUGUUAAAACGAAGCAUUACAAAGUCAAAACUUAGUGCUGUGAUUAACGAUCAAAAGACUACAGAAACUAUGUGUUGUCCAACUUGCAAAAACAGCUGAAGUUCAAAGUGCAACUCGAUUUACAUGAUACAUAAGGAUUUUUUAUUCAGAUGCAAAACUCCAAGUGAUAUAGAAGUUUUGAUGCGUCAAGUUUCCGUCAUGUCAUUAUAUGAAUGCUAAGUUUGAAGCAGUUACUCUUAUUUCACUUGAAAAAAAAUAUGUAAAAAAAUUGUAAAAAAACAAAAUAUGAUUUAAAAAAAAUGUUUCAGAAGAAAUAUCCCAUAAGCAUAGAUUUGUUCAUUUUUCUUUACUUAUUUUCUCACUCCUUAUUUUUGUUCCCUUGAGGGUCUCCGCUUGAGAGUAGAGAUAAUCAUGGAAUUUAUGGUUACCAUAUAAAAUCUUGGGCCUUCUUUGAAUAAAACAGUUGGUGACUACAACUA